UUUGUUGUUCUUGAACGCACCCCUCGAAAGGACUUCUGGGAAAGACAAGAUGGCGGGAUGUUCAAAAACUCUGCUUUUUUUAACAGAAUAAACUGUAAAUGGUAAAGUAUAACAGGUUCACUGUCACCGCCUCACCCGGUAACCUGACCAUGAACCGAGGCCGUAGAAACGUUGUCGCCCCCGCGGGUCUAACGGGCUCCUCGCCGGAGCAACAGACGUCCAGACCGAGACCAAAUCGACUGAGCAGAAGUUUUAGACAAAGUCAGGCAGCGGAGUCUCCAGUGAGCCAAAAGUCAGAGUUUAAGACUCCGACCAGAAUCCCCAGAUCCAGGUUCAGUGAAGAGUCUCCGCACAACGAGUCCGACUUCCAGCAGGACAUCAUCUGGGACGCAGCCUCGCCUUCACCCAACAGACUCGGGAAGAGAGGUAAAAAACACCCGGCUCGAGGUGUGAACAUCUCGGAGAUCGUCAGCAGGAUCGCUCCGAAGCACGGCAGACCAGAGGUCCCAGAGCCGACGUUACAGCAGUGGAUCGGAGACAGCGCCGCCAUCCCAUGCACGCCGGACGUCCAGGCACCCAAACCCAAGAGGAAAUCCCCGAGAACGAAUGCGGUGGACGACCUCCUGAAACUGGCCAAACAGUUUGACUUCAGCAUGUUUCAUCAAUGUGAAGCGGAGGUGGAGGACGCGCACCAGCAGAGCCCGCAGCUCCUGUCUGAAGACACCCGUGAUCUCAAGAAGGACGAUCACAAUGACGUCUCACCUUGGCUUCCUGGAAACUGUCGGCCAGCUAUGAACGCAGCGGCUGGGACAGAUGCGCAGGCACGUGUGGUUCAACAGAUGGAGGAUGAUUUGGAUUUCCUGUUUGAUGGACCGACCCAACACGUGAGCAGAAAUUUAAGCCAGUUGUCGUCAGCUCAGCCUUCACAAGUACAGCCAGCACAUGGUUCCGCUUCAGGUGUUUCCACAACAAACACCAACACUUCAGUGAGUGACGAGUUCGAGGACGACUGGGAAAACGACGACCUGCUCAAUGAGUCGUUAUUGUUGGACAUGACACAAAACCCACAGAUGUUUGCUGCUCCGAAGAACAGUUCAGCACAGAAACCAGCCAGCGGGAUCAAACAUCCACCUCCUGUCAGAGGAGGCGCUGCAGGCAGGCAGCCCACUGUUUCUCAGGUGGGGAAGGAGAAUGUGGGACAACGAUCGACUUUCAAACUGGAGUCUAACCUCGACUUCUCUGUGAAACGAAGCCAGACAUGGGCAAACUUGAAGGUGGGUUACAGCUCAAAAGCAGCAGACAAAGAUGCUCAGCAAAGCAGGUUUUCCUCCACUGGUGAGGUGGGACCUCAGCAUACCUGGCGGACGUGUCAGUCAAACCCAGCGAGGUCCCAUCCUCAGAAAUCCCAGUUCUAUCAGAGGACGUCUGCUACCAGCUCCCUGCCUGCUGCUUCUGCAUCAGACACCCCGGCUACAGAAACAGGUCAGAAACAUGACGUUUCCUCCCAUCAGGCAGUUUAUGACUUCCAGGACGAAGACCUGGACUCGUUCUUCUCGUCGGACCUGGUGUGGGAUGACCCAGCUGACGACAACCUGCUGUGUGAGAUCUUUGACGACCUGGAGAACCAGAUCCAAAGUUUGGGCAACGUGUCUAUAAGGCAGACUCCUCCUGUGGGUCCGGUGCCAGAGCAGAGAGCAGCUCUGCAGCCGUCCAACAGAACCUGGGACAGCGGGAACCAACAGCCUGCUUCUGGACGAGCUGCCACUUUUACGCACCGUCCGCCCCAAAAACAAACUCCCACCACUCUGCCCAGUGCCUCAGGUAGACCAGGUAGUCUGGCUGCAGGUGUACAGGUGAACACAGUGAGGGACUCUCUCAGAUUCACACAGAGAAGAACUGUGCCAGGAUCCACGUGUCUGCAGGGGAGCAGCAGGGUCCAGUCAGCUGCUGCUGCACCGCAGCCGACCAGCAGAGACCAGUUCACCUUCAAGAGGCCAAACAACCUGGCUCCUACAGUGGGCGACAAAGGUAAAUGUUCGGCAGCAGAGAUCGAGCUGAAGAAGCAGCAGGCAAAGGAGAGGAGACAACAGCGACUUCUGGCCACUCACAACCUCCGGGCGCCCACGUGACAAACACCACCAUCUGCACAGCUGAGCUCCUCACCUGCCUGAUGAAAGGCACACCUGGACGGGAGCUGGUAACCUGUCCACAGUCUGCCCUGUUCUGCCAGCCCUGCACUUUCAUGACCUUUAAUCCAGAUUUUAAAAUCUCUGACUCAGCUCAAAGACAGCUGACUGACACUUCUUGUACAAAGUUGUUUUUGCAAAUUAAACUGUACUGUUCA